CCAAAUCUCAGCCAUGGAGCGUUCGCAGAUUCCACCCAUAUUGCUUUCACCGACGGGUUUGGCUGGUGGUAUAGUGCACUAUGUCUGCCGUUGAGAGCCCCGAGAGCGGACCAUUACCCUCAAAUGGUAUCAGAGACCGGAGAAAUUCGACCAUUUUGAAUCCUCGGCUGUCAUUAACAAGCGAUCUCUUGAAGAAAGCGCCAGUCUUUACGGGAAGCACCAAGUUUGAACCUCUUCCCGAUGCAAGCAACAUUCUGGUUACUGGAGGGGCAGGCUUCAUAGCAUGCUGGUUCGUUCGCCAUUUAGUCCUUACUUACCCGGACAACUAUAAUGUCAUAUCAUUCGACAAGUUGGACUACUGCGCAAGCUUGAAUAACACGCGUGUCCUCGAUGGACGACCGAACUUCACUUUUGAGCAAGGCGAUAUCACCUCCCCGACCGACGUGAAGCGUGUCUUGCGAAAACACAACAUCGACACCAUAUUCCACUUCGCUGCACAAUCCCAUGUCGAUUUGAGCUUUGGAAACUCGUACCAGUUCACGAAUACGAAUGUAUACGGAACGCAUGUCCUGCUUGAGAGGGCGCGACAACAUGGUGUGAACAGGUUUAUACAUAUCUCGACGGACGAAGUCUAUGGAGAUGUGCCUAUGGGGGCGGCAGACCUCAGCGAAACGAGCUUACUUGCGCCGACGAAUCCAUAUGCUGCAAGCAAAGCCGCUGCUGAAAUGAUGGUUAGCGCAUUCCGGAGUAGUUUCAACCUACCCCUCAUUACCGUGAGGAGUAACAACGUCUAUGGGCCGCAUCAGUUUCCAGAGAAAAUCAUUCCCAAGUUCAUAAUGCUAUUACAACGACGAAGCAAGCUGCUACUCCACGGGGAUGGCUCGCCUACUCGUCGUUAUUUGUAUGCCAGUGACAUCGUGGACGCUUUGGAUACGAUCUUCCACAAGGGGACCAUUGGGCAGAUAUACAACAUUGCUUCCAAAGACGAGAUUUCGAAUAUCGACAUUUGCCACAAACUCCUCGAAACGUUUGGCAUUCCACAUUCGACACCAGAAGAGAUCGAUAGAUGGAUACAGCAUACCGAGGACCGGCCGUUCAAUGAUCAAAGAUAUGCGACGGAUGGGUCAAAACUGGCGAAGCUGGGUUGGCAUCCAAAGACGAGCUUUGAAGAGGGACUUCGAAUCACGGUGGACUGGUACCGCCGAUUUGGAGAGGUAUGGUGGGGCGAUAUCAGCAGAGUUCUGACAGCAUUUCCGGUGGUGGAAGGGACUGAGAUAUGGACAAAGGAGGAACACGAAGCCCUACGUUCUGACGAGGAGGUUGGGCCCGAGGAGAACGGUACGUUGUGGGCGAAGAAGGUCGUGGAUGAUAUACAGAGUUCUGAAGGAACCAUGGCAUAUCUUGCUGCUGGAUAGAAGAGACUUCGCGUAUUCUCUGCUUCGCUGAAGCAGUAUAUGCAUCCUGGCUAGGUUAUCGAUACCCCCAUUUAAUUCUGAGGCGACAGUCGCCGUCUCGACCAUGCCUGAAGCCAACUAUAGCAUGAUGAAAGCAUGUAUGCCUAGCCAUAGUCCGCAGCCUCGAAAGAGAGCUUGACUUCACAGCGGUGAAGACCACUGGUACACAUAAAACAAUGUAUGCAAUAUUGUU